AUGAUACCUGGUACCGGCGAUCAAGCAGGGUUAAACCCCGUCCCUUCUCCCUAUAACCUCCGUCCACGCAAUAACAGUCAAGAUUGCGGGCGCGGCCAUGCCCCGAGUGACCGCGCGUGGAACUUUGACUUGUUCUCGUCCGCCUUAAGGAAUGCCCGUGAGCUAAAAGACGCCAUCGACGAAAUCGUCCUCGAACAGUAUAACAAAGCGUGGAAAUGGUUCCUUUCGUAUGAGGAGGGUGAAAUUAAGAAUCAAGCGCGUGUGGUUCAACACAAACAUGAAGACUUAGAUGUGGUCUGGAAUCGGAUGCUCCAAGAACUUGAAAACCCUGGCGCGAUAAUGUUAGCAAUGCAUCUAAUGUAUGAGGACGUCGUGCGCAGGCCUCUCGCAACUAAUGACCCGCGCGAUAUUACGAAAAUGGUGGCAAAAUACUUCAGGGAGAAAACUGUCUUUCGUAUUCGGGUUGAUCGUUUGAAAGUCGACAUAAUAAAGAAAAUAAAGAUAGCGCGGAAGCUUCGCGAAAAAGGGUUCGAUCCUCAGCGAGAGGUCAUCUGGAACGAACGCGCCAGCAUCGUCUCGAAGUAUAGGCGAGCAAUCAAUCAAGAAAUAAAAUUUUAUAAUGAUCAGAUCAAAGCGCUUCACGCUGCCAUUAAGCAACGUGAAGCAAUGAUAGAAGAUUUUGAUCCGGCUUUUGCACGCGCUAUUGCUUUGAUCUCCCCCCCUGACACGCUUCAAUCUGAGUGGCAUGAUGAAUAUGCGUUGAUGGACCCCGAAAUCAGGGAGAAGGACUGGGAUAAUACCGUUGACAAUUUCUUAGCGUUCAAGAAGAAGCACUACAUGGAAGAGAAGCGUGCCGAACUACUGCGCGAUGAUGUGGCCUGGGCCGAUUUUAUGUCGAUGAACCAAGCAACACUGAAGAAAGAAUUGUUUAGACGCGAGGCGGCCCUGAAGAAACUUAUGCUUACGGACGUUUUUACGAAUAUACAGCGUGCAUUUCCCGAACAUGAUCCAACACUCAUUAAAGGCAUUGAGUACGAUCCGAACGAAUCCGGCAUUGAAUCUGGGUGA